AUGGUAGCUAAUGAGAGCUUCAAAAUGUUCCACGUAUAUGAAAUUGAACACUACAACUUUUAAGGUCCACAAAAAUAUAAUGAAAAACAUCAACAUGAUGUUGUUGAGAAAAUCAUCAUAAAAAUUGAUGUUUCUUUCUAAACUCACAUAAUUGGUCACUUCUAGUUUACUAGUAUUUUCUUUUUUUGUGUGCCUAAUUUACCACAUUUUGCAACAACAUCAACAAAAUGUUGCUUCAUAUUAUUGUGUUGCUCUCUCUUUUUUCUUCUGCUUUUGCUACAAAUUUACCUCAAAAAACUUUCAUUCAAUGUCUUGUAAACAAUUCAGAACCUUCAAAUCCCAUAAUUGAUUCAAUUUUCACACAAAAUAGUCCUUCAUUUCCUUCAAUCUUACAAGCAUACAUAAGAAACCUUCGUUUCAACACAUCAAAAACACCAAAACCAUUUCUUAUAGUAACUCCAUUACAUGUUUCACAUAUUCAAGCAUCAAUCAUUUGUGGUCAAAAGCAUAAUUUUCAAAUGAAGAUUAGAAGUGGAGGACAUGACUAUGAAGGUGUCUCUUAUGUCUCAAAGGUACCAUUUUUUAUCUUAGACAUGUUCAAUCUUAGAUCAAUUGAUAUUGAUAUAGACACUGAAUCAGCAUGGGUUCAAACCGGCGCACAACUCGGUGAAGUUUACUACCGAAUAGCCGAGAAAAGUAAAAUUCAUGCUUUUCCGGCCGGUGUUUGUCCUACGGUCGGUGUUGGAGGACAUGUUAGUGGUGGCGGAUAUGGUAAUUUGAUGAGAAAAUAUGGUACUUCAAUUGAUAAUGUCAUCGACGCGCAAAUAAUCGAUGCUAAAGGUAAUUUACUAGAUAGAAAAUCAAUGGGAGAAGAUCUGUUUUGGGCUAUAAGAGGUGGCGGCGGCGCGAAUUUUGGUGUUUUUCUUUCUUACAAAAUAAAGUUAGUUAAAGUUCCCAAGAUAGUCACUGUUUUUGAAGUUAAAAGAACUUUGGAACAAAAUGCAAGUGACAUAGUUUACAAUUGGCAACAUGUAGCACCAACUACAAGUAAUGAUCUUUUCAUUAGGCUUAUAUUAGAAGUUAUAAAAGAUGCAAAAAAUGGUACAAAAACUAUAAGGGCUAGUUUCAUAGCUUUAUAUCUUGGUGAUUCAAAAUCACUUGUUUCAUUAAUGAAUGAAACUUUUCCUCAAUUGGGUUUAAAGGAAAAUGAUUGCAUUGAAACAUCAUGGCUUAAAUCAGUGUUUUUUUGGGACAACAUUAAACUUGAUACACCACUUGAGAUUUUGCUUGAAAGACAACCUCAAUUGCUUAGAUACUUAAAGAGAAAAUCAGAUUAUGUUAAGGAACCAAUUUCAAAGGUGGGUUUAGAAGGAAUUUGGAAAAAGAUGAUUGAUUUGGAAAAUGGUGUAAUGUUUUUUAAUCCUUAUGGUGGCAAAAUGGAUGAAAUUUUACCAAGUUCAACUCCUUUACCUCAUAGAAUUGGAAAUUUAUGGAAGAUUCAAUAUCAAGCAAAUUGGAAUGAAGAAGGUGAAGAGGUAACAUCUUAUCAUAUAAAUGUUACUAGAGAACUUUACAAGUAUAUGACACCCUUUGUGUCAAAAAAUCCAAGACAAGCUUAUCUUAAUUAUAAGGAUCUUGAUUUAGGUGUUAAUAAUCAUGGUUUUUUUAGUGGUUAUUCUCAAGGUAGUGUUUAUGGUGUUCAAUAUUUUAAUGAUAACUUUGAUAGGUUGGUUCAAAUUAAGACUAAGGUUGAUCCUAAUAAUUUCUUUAGGAAUGAACAAAGUAUUCCUUUGUUUGGUCUUGUUGAUAAAGUUAGAAUGGUGUUUGAGAAAUCUUUGAUUUCUAUUAUUUUUUGUUUGGUAGUUAAUUGGAUUUGGAAAUUGUCUCAAGGUCGUGGUGGAAAAAAAAAGUAAAUUCAUUAGA